AUGUACAACCGAAACGUAGCUUUUUCUUGUUCUGCUCAUGAGAUUAAUCGGAAAUUGCACAGCAGAUACCGAUGGAAGGAUCUGAUUCCUUCAAAAACCGACGCACUACCGUAAGUUUCAGGAUUACUGUAAGAUAAAUACAUAAGGAUUACGUACAAGUAAAUCAACUCAGGCUUGUGAAAGGGCUGGCCCGUCAGCCUAUAGACCCCCGGGCAUUUUUUGCCCGGCACGGCGAGCUCUCAACCUAAAGUGUCUGGCCAGAGUCAAAGAACGCAAAUUUCCUCAAAUAUCAGACUUUUUCACGACAAAAAUCACGUUUUUGUUUCUUCUUAUACGGAAAACUAUAAAUUAACUAGCUUGAAAGAACCUUGGUGAAAGUUUUGAGAGGGCCCAAGUCCCAGAUCGACUCGGCCUGAAGCACAAGCUGGACUCAGCUGAGGAUUUGAAAACUCUCUGAGAUUGUCUAGAGCAUCCUUAUGAAAGUCUAAAAAGGAUUGAUCAAUUUUCCUACUCGAAUCAAAUUUUUUUUUGUCAAUUUCUGAUGAAAGCAACUUUUUUUUUAAGUCGAACUGCAGCCUUUUCAAUCCUUAUACGGCGGCUCUUCGCUACGAAUCUCAGCGACCCGUUUUCGCCCCAACUUAUCACUGUAAAAGCGACAGUGAGGUGUCUUCAGACUCAAAGGUUCAAAAAAUGGUUGGCAAAAGAGUGAGUAUUCAUUCCAGACAGUCAAUAAAUACGUUCGUUCGGCGGAGUCUCAGGAAGUUCUGGAUCAUAUUCCGAGCGUUGUGAGUUUCAUAUUUUAUGGCUAGAGUAGAUUUUGAUGGGGAUUGAAAAUAUUGUACCUUUUUCAAUGAAAUGAGACGAUGUUUGAUCAAAAUUCUGUAAAAGAAAAUGUGCAGAGAAAAAAAAAUAAUCAAAAAAAAAAUCUUCAAAAAGAAAAUGUUCAAAAAGAUUUCUCAUGAGAAUCUCAUCAGCGAAGAUUCACUUCCAUUGAAAAAAAGUUCAAACCACGCCAAAAUUUGGCGCCUCUCAAAAUCUAGCUAAAAAUUCUACAUCCAAAUUCUUUCAAUUAUGAAAGACCAUUAUUUGAGUUUUUCGUUUUCAGAGAACCGUGUCGGGGACCUCCAUUUCCUUGGUUUGUCAGAAUUUUUUGAAAUCUGUCGAAAAUGUGAAUUUCAGAGCAACUCGGAUUACUCUUACUACCCGAGCAGCCAAACUCUUCAGCCGGUAGUAAUUUAAAUGAAAAAAAAAACGAUCCACAAUUAUUUUUUUCUAUUCUCAGUCAAACUCGUCGUACGCCUACACCAACGGCUUCAUCGUGCCUCAGAUGGUGCAGCCAGAGUACCGUAACUCGCGAUUUUCCGACUACAGUACCCCUUACGCUUCUCUGCCACAGUACCAACCGCUGGACGGUAUCAGACGCCGUGAGCGUACUGAUAGAAUCGUGGGGAUUAUUUUUAGAUCAAGGGAAAACGAAUAAAUCUAGCCAUGCCGCUCGGAUUCGCAAGUGUCGCAGAAUACGGCGACGGUCAAUCAGAUCCGCAAACUUCCGGAUCCUUUUGAAGGCGAGACCAGCGUCGAGUACCCGGCUGCCGUUCGUGCCCCGAAUAAUAAGGUUUGUCUAAUUUCAGCUUUUGAACAAAAUCUGGUACAUCGGGAGCUUCAGUAGUAGUUUCUCCUUAAGGAUCACUAGAUAUAACGGUUCCACUUGGGCAGCACUCCUGCUUUUUAUCACUCAACAAGGAAACGGGGUGGUCUGUAAUAAGAGAUUUCUCGCUUUCAAAAUCCCACUGAAUCUCCGUGGAUUUUGGAGAAACACACAGUUGAACGCAAUAGAGGGAAAAGAAUAAGAAUGAAAAUUUUCAAAUUUAAAUUUUGUUACGAAGAUUUGAAAUUGAUCAUCAGCCUAAUCCAUUUUUUGAAGGAUCGGUUUUUUUGAAUUUUAGUCCUAAAAAAAGGUUUUCAUAAUUCGAAUAUCAAUUUUUCAUCAAAUUUUAAAUUUUCAUAGAAAUUCUAACAUUUAUCUUUAAUAUAUCAUAUAUCAUAUAAUACAUGUCGUCAUAUCACAAUCGAAUCGGAAACACUUAUUUCUUGGACAAAAAGGGGUCCAUAACCUUUUCGUAUUGUCAUCCACGUAAUUUUAUAGAAUACGAUAGCGAUACGCCCUCGAAAAAGUGACGUUGAUUGGUUUCUGGUUUCAGAAAAUCAGAAAGAGAUCAAUUUCUUUUGGUUUACGGUGAUUUCUAAGAUUAACAUGGAAUAAUGGUCAACGAAAUCAAUUUUUCGAUAAAUUUUUAUUGGGAAAUAAAAUUUUUUUAAGAUGACUUCUGAGCUUUAAUAAUUUGCAGACGCUGAACAAGUACUUGCGAACUGCUGAUUCCCUCGCCGCGAUCAACGCGAUCGAUAUGAACUUCGACGACUCGGAAGGCUUCCAACAGUGUUCCGAACAUCCCUGCAGAAGGACCAAAUCGACUCAGGUUUGUCUUUUUACGUUUCUCCCGUCUUUGGACCAAGAAAACUGGAGGAAACGUAAAAGCUAAAAUAAGAAAAGCUGAAGAUAUUUCAAGAUAAAUCCUUGAAGGUAAGGAUAGUUCAGGACUUGCUCGGAAAAAAGCUUGUAUGAACCUUCUUCAGACAUUUUUUUCGGAAUCAUACCGCAGUAAAAAAAAAUGUUUAGCUAGUCAGAUUCUGGAUAUUUUAGACCCUGAACAAGUAUAUUUACUCGCCGGACUCGCUCUACGAGAUUGAACAGCUCCCAGAACCUGCCGCUCGCUCCACGAGCUCUGGAGUGAGUCUCCAUCCAAAAAAAUCAGCAUCAACUAGCGACUUCAGAUUAAUCACAACAAGCUGCGCGACUUUUCGAUCGACUCGCUGGAGGACCUGCGACAGCUCCCGUCCGUUUCGCAGGUCUCCCUCUUCGACCAUCCGACUCGCGACGUCCACACGGCUCGGAAUAUCAGCCCUCAGGUUCGCAAACCAGGUAUGGCCACUUUUUAUCGGAAGAGCGUCUCACUUCUACUGUACAGUCUGUUCAGAUUUUGAAUUUCAAGUCGCCGCUCAAGCUUCGCCCCUAACAGCGCAAUAAACCAAUCAGAGAGCGAGCCAUUCACAGAGCCUUUUCGAAUGACGCCAUUGUACUUGAAAUUCAAAAUUUGAACAAAUCUUGGGAGGCAAAGAGGCGUGGCCUAUCUGCGCUCUCCGCCAAUCACGCACUGUCUUUUUUUUUAUCGUGUUAGGACCCAGUAUUCGAUGGCUCACACCAGCCCUUAGUCAGCUAUAAACAUUAUAAACGAAGUUUUCUGCGUAAUCGCCUUUUUUUUAAAUCAAAGAAUUCUGAUAAAUAACUUCAAAACAAACCAGGCAACUACAUGGAACAGCAGCCGUAUUUCUACUACCAUCACCAGAAUUAUUACGCCGAGCCUCAAUACCAGGAACAGCCCGGCUUCCAGUCCCGCAAGGCCAGUGCUGACUAACCGGUAAUGUCAUUUUACUUUGCUUUUGCGAAAUCUCAGUGAACUGGCCAUAAUUGGAAGUACCAGGUGAAGAUUCUGCAAGUCUCAAACUGCACAUCUUACCAAAUUUUUGAGAGUAAAAAGACCGGAGUCCGGUCUCUGAUGGUUCUGUCAACCUGCAAAAAUUCCUAAUUUUCAAGGAAAAACGCCUCUGAAUUCUCGAAAAGCCACUUUUUUGAUACAUUUAUUUUUUUUUUGUGACAAUUAGGAAGUUUUGCACGUUGAGAACAUUAGAAAAAAGUAUUCUGACCAUUUUCCACGGACCUCCUAACAGCAAAGUAAAAUGUCAUUCCUUGAAAAUUAAUUUCUGAAUAACGACUCUUUUUUCAGUUUAAUGCUCCGAACAACCCAUACUCUUUGCAAUGA